AUGAACACUGCAAUUCACAUCACAUGCAACACCACCAUUGAAGGACGAUUGUCUAACGUCUCCGAGUGUACAUCUUCUUCUUCUUCUUCUUCAGUCUCCGAACAGGAAGACUUCACACAAAUAAACAGCACCAGUGGACGCCGGAGCCGGAAAUGGAGGAAGUUCAUGAAGAAGGUGAUUGAAGGAAGCAAGAAAAGCAUCUACGGAUCUUCCAAACCUUUGAUAUUUCAGUACGAUGCUGUUAGUUACUCGUUAAAUUUCGAUGAAGGAAAUCAUUCCGAUGAAUACUAUAUGUAUGCAUCUCGAUGCUCUCAAGUUUAA